AUGUGGUUUGAGAUCGCAUGCCUGGUAAUUGUGCUGAUGAUAAAAAUACUGCUCGACUAUGGUCGACUCCAGAAAUUUCCACCAGGUCCACGAGGUUUACCUUUCGUUGGAAAUAUGUUUGACAUAGCGAAACUGGUAAAGGAAACGAAGUUUUAUUCGAAUGCUUGGUGCCGGUUAGCUGAGAGAUAUGGGCCUGUCGUUGGUCUCAGAUUAGGUUUCGACGAACCGUUAAUUAUAGUCUCUGGGAAACCUGCGAUCACAGAGAUGUUGAAUCGACCUGAAUUCGAUGGCAGACCGGAUGGAUUUAUGUAUAGAUACAGAAGUGGUGGUAUACGACAAGGAAUAUUGUUUACAGACACCGAUGUCUGGCAUAGUCAAAGAAGAUUUUCACUGAAAACUUUGAAGCAGUUUGGUUUUGGAAAAAGAUCAACGGAACAUAUACUCCAAAACGAUGCAAUUACACUAACGAACGUAAUUAUGGAAUUAACGAAAAACGGAGGAAUUACGAACAUUCGAUCUAUCAUUUCAGCUGCUAUUGUGAGCAAUUUGUGGCUGCUCAUUGAUGGCACGAAGUUUGACAUUGGAACGGAAAAUUCAAAUCUAAACGAAGCGAUACAUAUAGUGAAAGAUCUUAUCAGAAGUGGAAAUGUUUCGGGUGGAAUUUUAAAUCAAUUUCCUUUCCUGAGGCAUCUAUUCCCAAAUUUAACAGGAUUUUCAAUCUUCGUAGAGAGACAGAAACGUGUAAAUGGUUUCUUUAAAGAAAUAAUAUCAAGACAUAAAUGGAAUAAAAGAAACGAAGAAUGCUCAAAUUUCAUAGAUGUCUAUUUGCAAGAAAUAGAAGCGCAGAAAACAAAUUCCUCUUCUUUUUUCAAUGAAGAUCAACUACUAUAUCUGGUAAAGGACUUAUUUUCUGCUGGCGUUGACACUACUGACAAUGUUAUUGGUUUUGUAAUAGCAUUCCUCGUGGUUCACCAAGAUGUACAGGAUAAAGUGUACGCUGAAAUUUGUAGAGUAAUAGGCAAGGAUGAUUACCCUACCCUCGAUGAUAAAGACCGAUUACCAUAUUUAAAAGCAGUUGUGAUAGAGGUAUUAAGAUUAGCAAACGUUGGCCCGACUUCUAUCCCACAUAGAGCAAUAACGGAUUCUAACUUACUAGGUUAUGAAAUAAAAAAGAAUUAUACCUUAUUAGCUAAUUUUAAGAGUGUUCACAUGGACAAAGAGCAUUGGGGAGAUCCGGAAGUAUUUCGACCGGAAAGGUUUAUCGACGAAAAGGGAGAAUUUAUCAACGAUUCUUGGAUUUUAUCUUUUGGAUUAGGUCGUAGAAAAUGUUUAGGUGAAACUUUAGCAAAAAAUACAAUUUUUCUUUUUAUGGCGUGCUUGUUACAAAAGCUUCGUUUUAUGUUGCCAUCAAAUCACCCUACACCUUGCCUUCAAGGUGUUGAUGGUUUUAUUGUUGGACCACCUAUGAUGGACAUUAUUGUUGUUCGAAGAUACUGA